CUGUUUGUGUUCGAAUCUACCUAGCCCGUAAAUGCUAGGGUGUAUUUUUCGAAUUGUAGUUUCAGCUGUGAUAAGAAGAUAAAGAAGCCACUGGUGGAUUUAAAUUAUCCUGACAACAGAUACUACAGUAUCUUGUAAACCACUGUCAACUUGAGAAGAUGAGCGUGGAAGCGUAUGGGCCGAGUUCUCAGACUCUAACCUUCCUGGAUACCGAGGAAACGGAGUUGCUCGGAGCUGAUACCCAAGGCUCCGAAUACGAAUUCACUGAUUUUACACUGCCCAGUCAAACACAGACACAAGGCCAGACCCAGAGCCAGUUGGAUAACCAGGUAAAUGGCCCAGAUGAAGUUUUGCAAAACGGACCACUUGAUGAUUCUGUUGCUAAAACUAGUCAGCUUUUAGCGGAACUUAAUUUCGAAGAAGAUGAAGAGGAUGCCUAUUACACCAAAGACCUACCGGUCCAUGCUUGCAGCUAUUGUGGCAUCCAUGAUCCAGCAUGUGUGGUCUACUGCAACACCAGCAAGAAGUGGUUCUGCAACGGCCGCGGCAACACCUCUGGAAGCCACAUUGUGAAUCACCUGGUGAGAGCCAAGUGCAAGGAGGUGACUCUCCACAAGGAUGGCCCCCUGGGCGAGACAGUGUUGGAGUGCUACAACUGCGGCUGCCGCAACGUCUUCCUCCUGGGUUUCAUCCCCGCCAAGGCAGACUCUGUGGUCGUGUUGCUGUGCAGGCAGCCAUGUGCGAGUCAGAGCAGCCUGAAGGACAUCAACUGGGACAGCUCUCAGUGGCAGCCGCUCAUCCAGGACCGCUGCUUCCUGUCCUGGCUGGUGAAGAUCCCCUCCGAGCAGGAGCAGCUCCGCGCACGCCAGAUCGCUGCCCAGCAGAUCAACAAGCUCGAGGAACUGUGGAAGGACAACCCCACGGCGACCCUGGAGGACCUAGAGAAGCCGGGCGUGGACGAGGAGCCGCAGCACGUCCUGCUCCGCUACGAGGACGCCUACCAGUACCAGAACAUCUUUGGACCUCUGGUCAAGCUGGAGGCCGACUACGACAAGAAGCUCAAAGAGUCUCAGGUGGCAACCCUAAUCGAUACCCAGACCCAAGACAAUAUAACUGUCAGGUGGGACCUGGGCCUGAAUAAAAAGCGGAUUGCUUAUUUCUCGCUACCGAAGACGGACUCAGGUGAUAUGAGGCUGAUGCAGGGCGAUGAGAUCUGUCUCCGCUACAAAGGGGACCUGGCUCCUCUCUGGAAGGGCAUCGGACACGUCAUCAAAGUUCCCGACAAUUACGGUGAUGAGAUCGCCAUCGAGUUGAGAAGCAGCGUAGGAGCACCAGUGGAAGUGGCCCACAACUUCCAGGUUGAUUUUGUGUGGAAGUCGACCUCAUUUGAUCGAAUGCAAAGCGCCCUGAAGACUUUUGCUGUGGAUGAGACCUCUGUGUCUGGGUACAUCUACCACAAGCUCCUGGGCCACGAAGUGGAGGACGUCAUCAUCAAGUGCCAGCUCCCCAAGCGCUUCACUGCCCAGGGCCUUCCCGACCUCAAUCACUCUCAGGUGUAUGCGGUGAAGACUGUUCUCCAGCGUCCUCUGAGCCUCAUCCAGGGCCCCCCAGGGACAGGCAAGACGGUCACCUCGGCAACCAUAGUCUACCACCUGGCCCGUCAGGGCAAUGGACCCGUGCUGGUGUGUGCUCCCAGUAACAUUGCGGUGGACCAGCUGACGGAGAAGAUCCACAUGUCUGGGCUGAAGGUAGUGCGGCUGUGUGCCAAGAGCAGGGAGGCCAUCGACUCCCCCGUCUCCUUCCUGGCCCUCCACAACCAGAUACGCAACAUGGACAGCAUGCCAGAGCUGCAGAAGCUUCAGCAGCUGAAGGACGAGACUGGAGAGCUGUCUUCUGCUGAUGAGAAGCGCUACCGGGCCCUCAAGCGCACCGCCGAGAGGGAGCUGCUGAUGAACGCUGAUGUGAUCUGCGGCACGUGUGUGGGGGCUGGAGACCCGCGGCUGGCUAAGAUGCAGUUCCGCUCCAUCCUGAUCGACGAGAGCACCCAGGCCACGGAGCCCGAGUGCAUGGUGCCUGUCGUGCUGGGGGCCAAGCAGCUGAUCCUCGUGGGUGACCACUGCCAGCUGGGCCCGGUGGUGAUGUGUAAGAAGGCUGCCAAGGCUGGCCUGUCCCAGUCCCUGUUUGAGCGCCUGGUGGUUCUGGGUAUCCGGCCCAUUCGGCUGCAGGUGCAGUACCGUAUGCACCCCGCGCUCAGCGCCUUCCCCUCCAACAUCUUCUACGAGGGAUCGCUGCAGAACGGAGUCACCGCAGCUGAUCGUGUGAAGAAAGGCUUUGACUUCCAGUGGCCUCAGACGGACAAGCCUAUGUUCUUCUACGUCACCCAGGGCCAGGAGGAGAUAGCCAGCUCUGGUACUUCGUACCUCAACAGGACUGAGGCGUCCAAUGUGGAGAAGAUCACCACUCGUCUGCUGAAGGCGGGAGCCAAGCCGGACCAGAUCGGGGUCAUCACGCCCUACGAGGGCCAGAGGUCCUACCUGGUGCAGUACAUGCAGUUCAGCGGAUCCCUGCACACCAAACUCUACCAGGAGGUGGAGAUAGCCAGCGUGGACGCCUUCCAGGGCAGAGAGAAGGACUUCAUCAUCCUGUCCUGCGUGAGGGCCAACGAGCACCAGGGAAUUGGCUUCCUCAACGACCCGCGACGACUCAACGUCGCCCUCACCAGAGCCAGGUAUGGCGUGAUCAUCGUGGGCAACCCGAAGGCUCUGUCCAAACAGCCGCUGUGGAACCACCUGCUGAACUACUACAAGGAGCAGAAGGUGCUGGUGGAAGGACCCCUCAACAACCUGCGCGAGAGCCUGAUGCAGUUCAGCAAGCCGCGCAAGCUCGUCAACACCAUCAACCCCGGAGCGAGAUUCAUGACCACUGCCAUGUAUGACGCCAGGGAGGCCUUGGUGCCUGGAUCUGCCUACGACCGCAGCAACUCUGGUCGUCCCUCCAACAUGUACUUCCAGACCCAUGACCAGAUUGGCAUGAUCGGUGCGGGCCCCAACCACAUGGCAGCCAUGAACAUCCCCAUCCCCUUCAACCUGAUGAUGCCCCCCAUGCCCCCGCCCGGGUACAUGGGCCAGGCCGGCAGCCCCAACGCUGGUCGCGGAGGCCCCAACAAGGGCCGGAUGAGCCGCGGCGGCCGCCAGAAGGGGCGUGGCGCUGGCAACCAGGCGGGUCCCGGCCAGGGCAACAUGGGCAACAGCCAGGCCAGCCAGGACGGGGCCUCCCAGCCCUUCUCCCAGGGGCCCCUGACCCAGGGAUACAUCUCCAUGAGCCAGCCCUCGCAGAUGAGCCAGCCCGGCCUCUCCCAGCCAGAGCUCUCACAGGACAGCUACCUGGGCGACGAGUUCAAGUCUCAGAUCGAUGUGGCGCUGUCUCAGGACUCCACAUACCAGGGGGAGCGUGCCUACCAGCAUGGAGUGCCUGGACUGUCGCAGUAUUAAAAUGGUGACUGGAUUGGCUCGAGGCGCAAGCUGAGCUUGGUUCAACUGCAUUUUAUUCUGGGGAAACACUAAAGAAACAGCACAUGGAGACCUGAUUCCUUCUGCCACGACUGGAGCACCACUCUGUGAUGGCGACGGGAACAGAGACCAACCACUCACAGGAAGAGGAGGAGCAUCAACAGGAAACUGAGUGAGAGCAAGAGAGAUGGAGGGAGAGGAGAGAAGAGAGGGAAGGCAAGAGCGAAAGAAGGAAGGGAACAAAACCAGGAGGGGAGGAUGGCUGCCAGCCUGCGGAGAAGAGGAAGAGGAGGAGAGGAGAGGAGAGUAGAGGGCACAUCUGGGGGGAGGACGUGGCGUUUGCUCUGGUCCACACACCAGACGAGUGCACGUCUCUCACCACCCCAGACCCACCAACCACACCCACACCGCUCCCACCCAGGUGGGCAGAGAGGACGAGGGGAGGAGGGGGAAGGGAGGGGCAGGGAGGGGCCCUCUGGGCUGAGAGAGGGGGAGCCCAGGGCCCUAGCCGGUGGGUCCCUCCAGUAGCAGCCGCGUGGCAGAGAGGCGUGCAGACGCACAGUAACACAGUAAAGUUUGACCUUCAUCUCCGAGCUGACUGGUUGUUGAGGCCUGCUUCAUGUUCUGUCAUGGGUGAUCAGAGUCCUGUGAGAGAGCAUUGGUACAUUUGAACUUGUUCUCAAAUCCCGACUUAACUGAUGGCCAACGUUGUUUCCAAAAAAAAAUGAGCUGUUUGAAAAGUAAAAGGGUAAAAAAAGAAAACAAAGCAAAAAAAAAAAUGAACGGCAAAGUCUGCCCUCCGCUGUGGUGUCCAUGCCGUGCCCAGCUUCUAAUUUUAACCAGCUUUUAGGCCUGAAUGAGCACCGAGCGCAUCUCGGUGCAAACACUCAUUGGCUCGUCAACCUGGUCUUUCAUUAUUAUUAGGUUACUUUGAAAUAAUAAGGUGAAAUUAUUCCAGGCAUUUAGGUAUGGACCUUUCUAAGUUCACUGGCCCCUAUUCUGAUUUUUUUAAUGUGCUGAACUUGAUGUGAAGCAUCUCAACAUGUUAUGAGUUUUACUUCUAAGCAUCAUGUUGUUCAAAAGAGAGAGAGGGGAAAAAACAAAACUCGUCCAGGUGGUUCAGUACCUCAUUUCCACUAUCAUUAAUUCACUUUUUUUCCUUGAAGUCUUCAGACUUUGCUCAGCCACUUGUGGACUGUGAUCAGAUCCAUGCAAGGCAGAAUGCGAAGUUGAAUGAGUUGGUGUGUUUUUUUAGUUGUUUACAAAUCUACUCUGUUUUCGGUCUUGAUGGUUUUCUUUUCACAGUGGUCCUUUGUGGGGAUGAAAUGUGACAGUGGUCACGGUAAAUCUUCAGCUCCAUGUGUAUGCCUAGUGCGACAGAAUAGGAGACUCUAUCAGCUCAGACUAAAGGCUCCCAGCCCUCUCCAAAGGACUGCUUAUAGCAAAGUCCCCCAUGAACGGAGAGGCUGUCUGGCCAAGUAAAGUGAUUGUUUUCUCUUUUUUCCGGCUUUAUUUUGAAGUUCUGUAGAUUUUUUUCCUUUCUUUUCAAGUUUAUGCAAAUAAUUUAUCACAAUCAUAUGACUAUAUCUGAGUAUAUGUGAUAUUAACUUUGGUCUUCAGUAGGAACUGAACUUCAGCAUCAGUGCCCAGCAUGUGAGAUAAUCCUGGUUUGACCAAGUCAUGAUCAUGAGUGGUAGACUGGUGCAGACCAGCACAUGCAAGACAGGACUAUUCACAUUGGGUUAUGAAAUGACACAAUAGACCUCUGUGACAUUGUUUGCUGUGCUUUCCUGUAAAAUGUCUUUCAAGUUGUAGAUGCCUAUAUAUGAUGUAGGAUUCACACUUGUGUUUGCUAUUGUGUGUAUUUGUGGAUAGAUGAACAGUUCCUUUUUCCAUAUACUUACUCUUACAAUUGCAAGCUAAGCGUGAAGAAGGCUGUUGAGUUAAGCAUUAGACAAAUGUACCCUUGUAGUAGUAACCCCCUUUUGAUUUACACAUCUACAGAAGGCAAGACCUCCUUUACGGUCAUUUCUUUAGGCUUUUGGUUUCAUGACAAUCAUGAAUACAGUGAUUUCAAGCAGACAUAUGGUCAUCUAAAUUACCAUGACGAGAAGAGGAUGAUUAACAUAGGAGGACUGUAAAGCUCACGAGUAGAAAUGAAGCCAAAGUAAUAAUUGGUCAAAAAUACAAAAGCUUCAAUUGUUUUCCUUUGAUUGUGUUAUAUUAUCCCCAAAACAGGGAUCUCCUAUUUCCCUUCCCACCCAGUCAACCAAUAGUCCGCCAGGAGGCACAGGGUUGCACCUUCGUUGUGAUGUUUUCAUGUUGGCUUUGGGGCUGUUUUCACCUGCGUUGACCUUUGUAUAUCACAUUCCUUUAAGGUUGAUUUUUAUUUUUCAAUAAAGCUUUAAAGCGCUCACAUUCA